CCCGAACCCGCGCAGAGCAUGGAUCCGGGCUGGGGGCAGCAGGACGUGGGCUGGGCGGCUCUGUUGAUUCUCUUCGCCGCCUCGCUGCUCACGGUAUUAGGCUGGCUCCUGCAGUAUGCCCGGGGUCUGUGGCUGGCGCGGGCCCGAGGGGGCCGGGACCCGGGACCGGCCUUAGCCACCGAGCCCGGGGGUUCCCUCCGGGAGCUGGGUGUGUGGCGCUCGUUGCUGCGUCUGCGGACGACUCGGGUUGGCGCCCCUGAGGAGCCCGGCGUCCGGGGCCUCCUGGCUUCGCUCUUUGCCUUCAAAUCUUUCCGGGAGAACUGGCAACGGGCUUGGGUGCGAGCCUUGAACGAGCAGGCCUGCAGGGAUGGGAGCUCCAUCCAAAUCACUUUUGAGGAGGUGCCCCAACUUCCACCAAGAGCCAGCGUUAGUCAUGUGACCUGCGUAGACCAAUCAGAGCGCACCAUGGUGCUGCACUGCCAGCUCUCCGCUGAGGAGGUGCGCUUCCCAGUCUCUGUGACCCAGCAGUCCCCUGCUGCUGUCUCCAUGGAGACAUACCACGUCACUCUGACACUGCCACCAACACAGCUGGAAGUCAGCCUGGAGGAAAUCCCAGAUGAGGGGCUGCUGGUGUCCUGGGCCUUCACUGACCGCCCAGAUCUCAGCCUAGUGGUGCUGCCUAAGUUGCAAGCUAGGGAGAGGGGUGAGGAGCAAACAGAACUCUCAACAGUUGAGGAACUGAUCAAGGACGCCAUUGUUAGUACCCAGCCAGCCAUGAUGGUCAACCUUAGGGCCUGCUCUGCCCCAGGAGGCCUGGUACCCAAUGAGAAGCCAGUCAAGAUGCCCCAGGCCCAGCCAGCUAUGCCCAGACCUACGCGGUUAUUAUUACGGCAGCUUCGAGCAUCUCACCUAGGAAGUCUGCUGGGAGGGACUGAGGAACUGUAUUGUGUAGCUGAACUUGACAACCCCAUGCAACAGAAGUGGACCAAACCUGUGAGGGCUGGUCCUGAAGCAGAAUGGACAGAGGACCUGGCACUGGAUCUAGGUCCCCAGAGCCGGGAGCUGACCUUCAAAGUGCUCAGGAGCAGCAGUGGAGACACCGAGCUCCUUGGCCAAGCCACACUGCCCGUGGGCUCACCCUCUAGACCACUGUCACGGAGACAGGUGUGCCCACUAAUUCCAGGGCCAGCGAAAGCCUUGGGCCCAGCAGCCACUAUGGCAGCAGAGCUGCAAUAUGAAGAAGGUUCCCCCCGGAACCUUGGCACACCCACUCCCUCCACCCCACGCCCCAGCAUCACACCUACCAAGAAGAUUGAAUUGGACCGGACCAUUAUGCCCGAUGGCACCAUUGUCACUACUGUCACCACCGUCCAGUCCCGGCCCCGUGUAGAUGGCAAGUUAGACUCCCCCUCCCGCUCCCCGUCCAAGGUGGAGGUGACUGAGAAGAUGGCAACUGUGUUGAGUGAGAGCAGCGGCCCCAGCAAUGCCUCCCACAGCAGCAGCCGGGAGAGCCACCUUUCCAAUGGCUUGGACCCAGUGGCAGAGACAGCAAUUCGCCAGCUCACUGAGCCCAGUGGGCGGGCAGCCAAGAAGACACCCACCAAGCGAAGCACUCUCAUCAUCUCUGGUGUUUCCAAGGUACCCAUUGCUCAGGAUGAACUGGCACUAUCCCUGGGCUAUGCAGCAUCGCUGGAAGCCUCAACGCAAGAUGAUGCCAGGAACAGUGGAGGUCCCUCGUCACCCCCAUCCGAGCCACCAGCCAUGUCCCCAGGACCUGUAGACGCCCUCUCCAGUCCCACGAGUGUCCAGGAAGCAGAUGAUACGACGCGUUCAGACAUUUCUGAGAGGCCAUCAGUGGAUGAUGUAGAGUCAGAAACAGGGUCUACUGGUGCCCUGGAGACUCGGAGCCUCAAGGAUCACAAAGUGAGUUUCCUGCGCAGUGGCACUAAGCUCAUCUUUCGCAGAAGGCCUCGACAGAAGGAAGCUGGUUUGAGCCAAUCACAUGAUGACCUCUCUAACACUACGGCCACACCCAGUGUCCGAAAGAAGGCUGGCAGCUUUUCCCGCCGUCUUAUCAAGCGUUUUUCCUUCAAAUCCAAACCCAAGGCCAAUGGCAACCCUAGCCCCCAGCUCUGAGGGGGCCUCCCUACCUCCUAAGCUGGAAGAGGGCAAGAGUUCUCUCAGCUCAUCCUCCACAUCCCCUUCUGUCCUCCUUCCUGGAUUUCUAGUGUCGGGGCCAGGAAAGCCCUUGGGUUCUAGGAAGCCCCCAUCCACCCUGGGUUGUGGGACCAGUUGGAAGGGUACUUGCAGAGGGUAGCAUUUGAAGGAGGGUGUUCAUUGCUGUGGACAUAGAAGAGAAGUGUUGUUGGCCGGGAGUAAGAGGCAGGCUCUGUCUUGGCAUGUGUGGACAUUCCUCAGAAGCAUCUGCCCUCUGCUGACACUGGUCCUGAGAGAAGUCCCAGUGUGCUCUGCUCCUUAGCAGAUCCUUCCUCCCUUAUUUAUUCUUUUCUAUUUAUAUGUGUGGUCUAGGACCCUUAGCAAACAGAUGACAGAGGGCAUCUCUCCAAGGUGACCCUUCUUUUCUGUCCCAGGAGGGUAGGCAAUUCCCAAGAGGGGUUUCCACACCUCCCUCAGGUCUCAACUCAGCCAGUGUCUGUCUUUGAAGACAUUGGCAGCUCAUAGGAAGCUGGGCCAGUGCCCAGGAUGGGGGGCAGGCACUCCCCACCUCCCUGCCUCCCCUACUGCUCCUUAUCCCUCCCUCCCCCUUUAUUACCAUUUUGUACUUGAUGCCUUCUCCAUGAGCAAUGGCUCAAUUGAAAGGAGGGAGCCAGGAAGUUGGUGGUAAGCCUUUCUCAGAGAGAUGACUUUGGGGGCUUUACUUAAAGACUGGAUGAGACGGAGAAAGAGCAAGACCGCACCUGAAUGUUGGGGGAUGAUGAUGUCCAUUGCUGUGUGAUGGCUUGGAAUUUAAUUUAUUAAAUUAAAGUCAAAUUGGA